AUCAAAACAUAAACAAAACAACACGCGAAUUCUCGUUGUCCAGCCGCUUGUCCACCGAUUUUGAGGAUGAACGGGUCGUCCGAGGGCGACGUGGUGGUGCCGGGCGACGUAGUACGGCUGACCGGCGUCAAGGGCAAGGUGGUGCUGGGCCCGGGGCUGGCCAGGGCCGGCGAGGGCGUGCACGCGACCAAGUGCGGCGUGCUGCGCAAGGGUGGCAACAACAUCUUUUACGUGGACAGCCGGCAGAAGAAGUACGUGCCGGCCAAGGGCGAGUGCGUCCUCGGCGUCGUCACCAACGCCCGCGGGGACAUGUUCAAGGUGGACAUAGGGUCGAGCGACGAGGCGAGCGUGUCGUACCUGGCGUUCGAAAACGCGACCAAGAAGAACCGGCCGCUGGUCAACGUCGGCGACGUGCUGUUCGGGCGGCUGCUGGUGGCCAGCAAGGACAUGGAGCCGGAACUGGUGUGCGUCGACUCGCACGGCAAGAAGGGCCGGCUGGGCGUGCUGCCCGACGGCGGCUUCCUCUUCACUUGCAGCCUCAAUUUGGUGCGCAAGCUGCUGCGGCCCGAGUGCCCGCUGCUGGAGGCGCUCGGCAAGCAGCUCGCCUUCGAGCUGGUCGUCGGCCUCAACGGCCGCGUCUGGCUGCGCACCGGCUCCGUGCGCGAGACGCUGCUCGUGGCCGACGCCGUGCUCGCCUACCAACACCUCCAGCCGCACCAGGUGCAGCACGCCGUCGACCAGCUCAUCUAUCAACUCUCUUCAAGCUGAUUUUUUUUAUUUAUUGGCGAAAUUUUCUAUGUAAAUACUAGGUGAUAAAAAUUAAAAUGUAAAUCAUUUUUUA